AUGGCUGGAAAGCCGAUAAUUUCUUAUGCAAUAAAUAUCCAAACAUCUAGACAAACUAAAAAUAGUUUAUAUGCAUUAGUAUUUGGACAAAACCCUUUAUGCCAUUUUACUAUAUUAAAAGAAAUCAAAAAUCAAUAUAUUAAUUCAGAAGAUGAAUUAUCUAAGAACUGGUUUGAACCAUCCGAGCCUCGAGAUAAUUUUGAUCGGCAAGAAGUCGUAGAGUCACUUUUAGGAGCUGCAGCAUUAAAUAUCGAAAAUAAAUUGGAGAAUGAAUUGGACGAUGAGAUAAUGAACGCAAUAUUGGAUGAUAUGAAUGAUAAAAUGUUGGAUAAUAUGACAGAUGAAAGGUUAGACAAACGAUUAAAUAAAAGAAUAAAUAAAAAGCUAGGUGAGAAGUUGAACGAAAUGAUAUCUAAUAACGAAAGCAUUUUGACCGAAGUAUUAGAAGAUGAAUUAGUUGGUAGAAGUUUACUUGAGGAUGAAAUAGCUGGUAGAAGUUUAUCUGAAAAUGAAGCAGUUGGUAAAAGAUUAUCUGAAAAUGUUCUUGACGUUUAUCCAAGUAAGAGGUACAAAUCUACUAUUUUGAUGGCUAUCAAUACAGGUAUCAAUACUCAG